AUUUACAAAAAUGUGACUGCCGACAAAAUCGACUUUUGUUCAUUGUAUCUACAUUGGCAAUUUUGACAACUUGUUAAGCUCCAUCUUUCACUUAAUUUUACUCAAGAAGCUGCUCAUUUCAUUCUUUCAAUUUAACUGAACUGAGUGUGUCACUCCAACAGCAUGACUACCGAUACUAUACCUAUUGAAAAACCUCAAAACAAUUCAUCUACAAAAGGUGAUACAAUUGAUCCGAUGAUAAGACCUAUUGUGAUCUGUGGUCCUUCCGGCUCAGGGAAAAGUACCCUUUUACGUCGUCUAAUGGCUGACUUCAAAGAUUAUCUCGGAUUCACAGUUUCUCAUGCGACAAGAAAACCUCGUGAAGGAGAGAUCGAUGGCAGAGAAUACCAUUUCACUGAACGAGAAUCGAUGAAGAAGGCAAUCGAAGAAGGUGAAUUUAUCGAGUUUACUGAAUUUUCUGGCAAUCUUUAUGGAACCAGCAAAAAAGCCAUGGAACAAGUCCAAAGAGGUGGUAAAAUUUGUGUUUUGGAUUUGGAAAUCGAAGGUGUAAAGAGUUUGAAAAAGUCAGAUUUUAAACCACUUUUCGUUUUUGUAAAACCACCAAGUCUUGAAGUACUUGAACAAAGAUUGAGAAAACGGGGAACUGAGUCGGAUGAAUGUAUCAUUAGACGGCUGAAUCGAGCUAAAGAAGAUCUGAGUAUGGAAGGAAUAGAAAGCUUUUUUGAUUUGAUUAUAAUCAAUGAAAACAUUGACGAUGCUUAUUCUGCGCUGAAAAAUUUUAUUCAACCUGUUAUUGAAGUUGUCAAAUCCACACCAACCAAUUGAUUAUGGCGGAUAUUUUAUCAGUUAUCAUUCGCUCAGACUCUCAUCAGAGAAUCGCUAGGAAUCUCUUCACAAGAGUAUCUGUUAUUUGUAUAAUCGCAAGGAGCGACCCUUCUCAAUACCUUGUUCAUUUCACAAUUUAAUGUUUAACUUAAAACAUAUUACCUCAUUCAAA